AUGGCUCCGAUCGCGCUGGGGAGGCCAGGCCCAUUUCGGGUGCCACAUCGCCCAGCCUCGUGGUGUCCUUGCCAUCCUCCUCAGCCUCGACGCGCACGCCGUCGCCCGGAAGCUUGGGUGCAGCGAGCAGCCGGCGAUGGAGCGGCGCUGAGAUGCAGGUAG